UUGUCUCACUCUAAUUUAUUGCGCUAGUUCACCUGGUUCACCAGUGCAGGAACAGAAGACAAACCUGAUGCCUGAUGUAUGCCGAUUGGUCUACGCGGCGACGAGGGACGCGAUUGGCCGAUUUGAAUCGGGUCGGUUUUUAAAAAUGGACGUGCACUUUCGGGACGCUCCACAUGUCACCGUUGCCCACCGUUGCCUUUUGUUUAAGUCCAAACGCGCGUGUCAACAGCGAGACGCGACCGGGCUGUGAUGAAUAGAUCCUCCCGGAUAAACACUUUCGCCGAGUUCUCGGUCAAACUCUCGGACUGCACGUGACACAUUAACAUCUCCGACGAGGUGGGAACCCGCCAGACCCCUUGGCGAAAUGGAGAAAUAUCAGCACAUGAGAGCGUUUAUAUCCGCGGCGUUGGAUUACAGCAAGCAUUCCAGCGAAAGCGCGACCACCGCAAUACAAAGGAGCCUUGGAGUAAUAAGCGCGUCGUUGGAUCUGAGUAUAUUUGACCCUGGGACCAGCGUAGCCGCGGAAUUCUACGUGAGCCUGUACGAGCUCAUGAACUCCUUAGGGUCGCGGUCUACCUUGAUCUGGAGCGCCGUCGAUGUUUUGCAAAACGCUUGCCGGAAUGUACCUGCCAGACAAUCGCUUAUCCACACAUAUAAAUUUGCGCCGAUAGUAGCGAGAUUACUCGAGGCAAACCUGACGACUGAAAAGAAGAUUCGAGUACUGAAAUUACUGCAAGAGCUAACGUACGGAAUUAAGAUAUCGUGGCAAGAGGCUCAUCUGCCGUAUUUGAUUUCUACGUUAACUCAGUGGGUGAUACAAUCAAAGGAGGAAGAGAUUAUUGCGCUUUCUCUAAGCGUGCUGGUCAAUCUGUGUUAUAAGAAUCUUCCGGCUGUGUACACGCUGAUGCGAACCAUCAAUACUAAAACGUUAAUGAAAACGUUGCUGAGGCUCCAAGAUAAUGUCAACACUAGCAUACAGUGUUGCAAAUUGUUGCUUAUAUUGGAGCCGAGUAAUACGAACAUGUCUGAGAAAUUUAUCAUAAACUUCGCGUCGAUUACGUUUGUGAAUCUCAAGAAAGCAAUGAAGCAGAAAGACAUUUUAUUACUGAGACAUAUCGUUGACUUUUUUAACGACAUCGGGCAAAAUGAGCAUUCGCGUAGUAUACUGCUCACGUAUUCAAACUAUGGCAAGGAUAUCGAAGAAAUAUUAGCCACCCUGGAAGAAAACACAGAUCCGGAAUGCGUCGCUCUUAUGAUGGAAUUUUUAUUAUCAUUGGUGAAGCUGAAAUUAACUGCCUUGGUACCUUUGUAUCCUGCGUGCAUAAAGUCAGCUAUGACGUGGGUGCCUGUGGAACAAGUAUGCUCGAAAGCUCUAGCGCUGAUACGAGGCGUGAUAGUGGACUCCCGACGCACCAGGACUUUUGCGACGCACCAGGAAGUUUUAUCGGAGCUAGACCCGUCGGUCCUUAUGCUCAUAAUGAAUACAGAGGACGAAAGUAACCGGGAUCAAAACGCAGAAGCGGAAAUGAAACAAGCUGAAUUGAUGCAGCUGUUUCAUGAAAUGGUUAAAACUCCCGAGCUGAAGAAGAAAAUUAUGCAGUCCUUCAACGAGCACUUGAUGCAUAAACUGUUCAGUCAUGUGUUGGACAAUGAUGUUUCCGCCGCUGGGGACUGGACCGGGAACUUCAUUCAAAAUGUUUCGACCAAUCUGUACAUUCAUGCCUUAGCCCUAACAGCAGACUUGGCAGCAAAUAAUUCCAAUUGGUUAACACUGUAUUCCGAGUUACUCAGUAGAAAACAAGUGCAGAUGAUAAUAGCGCUAGCAUUAUUCACCGGUGACGAAGAAGUUAAGCAGAAAGCCUUGCAUUUGACAGCAUCGAUUGGCUUUCCACACGAAUGUGUUUCCGCAGUGGCACAAUGUAUGAAAGAAUUAGAACCGUUGAUAUUAGUUCAGAGUAUCAACAGCAACAUACUGGAAGCCUCGAAUAAAGCAUCCAUGAAUUAUGCCGGGAACGAACUGGCAUCGUUGUUUUCCUUUGCGCAAGAAGAACGCCUCGAUUCAUUCCUAGCCAAGCUCAAGUCAGCUUUCGAAUCGAAUCAGAUUAGUGAUAUUCCAACAUCUGCAGUAAUGGAAUUAUAUGAAUAUAAGUUAGCAGCAACGAGACAUUUUGAAAGAGCAAUGCAAACAAAUUUAGAAGCAGCGGACAAUCACGCUACCAGCCUGCAACAUAAAUUAACACAAGUAAUAGCUGAGUGUAAUAGAUUACAUCAGUUAUUGUUUGACACCCAACAAUGUUUGGAAGGAAUAAAAGCUGAAAAAUCUGCAUUAACGGGAAAGCUUAGCGAGAAUGAAGAGGAAUCCAAGAAAGCGCUUCUUAUAAGAAAACAAGAGAUAGAAUCAUUGAAAAAAAUUGUAGUAGAAAAGUCAACAAAUUUGGAGAAUUUAAAUGAAAAACUAUUCAAAUGUACAAAAGAAUUAGAAGCUAGUAACAAUAAAAUUAAUAUAUUAGACAAACAAAUGAAAGAAUUAAGUAAUGAAUGUUCAAUUGCCGAAGCAAAAGCUACAGAUAUGGGCAAUAAAAACCAUGAAUUAAGUAAACUUUUACAAAAAAUGAAGGAGUCUCUUAGUAAGAAAGAGCAGCUUUUAGAGGAAAAGAAUGCGGAGAUAGGAGCAAAUCGAAGUGACAUAUCUGCACUUAAGCAAGAAAGUCAACAAAUGACUCGUAUGUUACAGACAUAUGAGCAAACUACAGCAGAAAAGGAUGAACAACUUACAAGACUUAAAACGGAGUUGAAAGAGUUGAGCCGCAUGCGGGAUAUGAUCUUCGAACUUACUGCUAAAAACAAAGAUGAUAUAGAUUCAAGUUAGCAACUUUUUCAUUUUAGGACUAGUAAUAAAUAUGGAAAAUAUUAGGAUUAAUAUUAUUUUUCUUAUCUAA